CAAGAAAAUCUUACUGUAUAUGAGUUUGCCGACUUGGACGCUCUUAGUGCAGUAUGGGAAUCUUCCUUUGACUCUCUUCGGUUCAGAUUGCAGGAAUGAGAACCAAGUCUUGGAUUCAGAGUUGAGAUUUCGGUGGCGAUCAAAGGCGUUGAUUUCAAAUGGGAUCUUGGUUGGCAACAGAGAUAUGAACGUUUUUGUGGAAGGAUUGUUGUCCUAUCCAUUCUUGUUUUGCCACUUUACAGUCAUAUGUACCCUAUGGUUCACUAGUGCGAGAAAUCGUUUGCCUGAAGAAGGCCAGAAGUGGGGUUUCCUUGUUUGGCUGCUUUUCAGCUAUUGCUUGUGUGCAUUGCUGAUAUCUGUAUCAAAAAGGUUAGUUGUGGUGUUUUCUAUGUUCUUAAACAGGCCGGAGGAUUUGGUUAUGGUUUUGUUUUCUUUGGUUGCGUUUUCAUAUUUCCAAGUGAGCAGCAAACCACCAUGCUCCCCCUAGCUUGAGCGACUUACAUGUUUGAACAUGAUAAAUCUUGUUGACAGUAGCUUUCCUAAUUUUUAUGCCUUUUGAUACCAUACUCAUCACAAAGAUCAGAAAAAUUUUGAUUGCAGAAAUCUAACCCAUUGUUAGUUUGUAAGGCUUUCAAUUUCUUACGGUUUGGUUUUCAACCAAAAUCUUCAAUUCUUAAAUUUUUCAAAAACUUCAGACUUAUGUUUCAUUAAGAAUACAUAAAUCUUUCUUGGGUAAUUAUCAGUUAUAGAUAAAAAAAUAUUUGUUUCCACCAUGAAUAGCAAUAUUAGCCGGUCCCCAAACAUCAACACGCUCAUAAUCAAGAAUGCAGGAUGAUGAUGUAGGGUUUGGGGAAGGUGAUGCAGGAUACUUUAUGUUGUUUUCCCAAGACACGUUUAUCGCAAAACUUCAUUUUAUCUAUUUUAUCAGUACUCGUUCUUUUUGAAGCAAUUAUGGUCUUUUUAUACUAAUGUGGCCUAACCUCUUAAGCUACAGGCUAGUUUUAUCAUUUUCUAGAACAGUUGCAGCAAGAACAUCAUACUUCACAGUACAAGUAUAUAAAUUUCUUUUCUUUUUAGCUUUGAAAAUAGUAUAAGAACAUUUCAUGAUUUUCAUAAUACCCUUCCCCCAUCUACCCUCAAGGGCAGAACAAGAAAUCAAGUUAUGACUCAAGUUAGGAACAUGCCUGACAUUUUUUAACUUAUAACCAUCUUUGAAAGUUAACAAAUGCCACCAAGACCUUUUAUUUCACAAAGUUUUUCAUUGGCUAUGGACGCAAAGCCUGAUUUCAGUUUUAUGAUUGGUGAAAAUUUCUUUAAAAGGACUCAUGUGAAAAGUACAACAUGAAUCAAUCAACCAUUCAUUUAUAUUAAGAGGAGACUGGACAAUAUUCACAUCACAUACCAUAAAAACUUCACCAAAAUUUUCUUCAGUGAUAACAUUAGCAUCUUUUUUAUUAUUGUUAUUUUUCCUAUUUUUUCUUUUUGGUUUUCAACAUUCUUUUUAUAUAGUGACCUUUUUCCCACAGUUAUAGCACCUUCUUUCUCUAGCUUUUUCAUCUCUAUUUCUGUCAUCCUUGGUUCUAGACCUUGACUUACUCCUACUUUUGCUCCUACUCUUACCUUUGCUAUGUUUUCUAUAUUUGUAGUCAGAAUUUCGGUUUAGUCUUUCCUCUUACAUAGUUUACUUCAUUUUGACUUUGACUAGGUUUAUUUGUUUUAAGGUCCAUUCCCUUACUCUUUAGGCUAUUAAUGACUGUAUCUAGAUUCACAUUAUUCUUGCCGUAUUUCGUAGCUGCUUUUACAUCACUAUAUGCUUCAAGAAUAACAUUUAAUAAAACAAUUGGAGCAUAAUUCAGCU